UGAAGGUCAAGUUCAUCGAGACGCAGUUCGUCAGCUCCGACGCCGCCAACUUCAAGUCCGUCGUGCAGCGGCUCACCGGCAAGUACUCCAAGAUGCCGCCGCCGGCGUCCUCGGUACACAGGCCUCGCCCAAGGCCCUGCGGCAGACCCGACCAACAAGGGCGGCCUUGCGUCUCCGGCAGCGACGAGCUGAUGAUGGCUGCGCCGGCGAAGCCAGCGGCGGCAGCUUUCGAGCCGCUGCGCGUGGAGGAGGUGAACGAGCUCUGCGACUUCGCCGAUCUGCUCUACGCCGCCCCAAGCGCGCGGCGCCACGGCGGGAGCGUCGUAAAUGGCUUUCCUUACUGAUACAUGCGUGGCCCGAAGAAGAAUCGUGUUACCCUUCUCAUUGAGGAUCAUGUAUUUGUUUGAGGAUUGACAUUGCAGUACUGGCAGAUGUGAUCCUUUUGCUCAAAUGCUCACUGGGAGCGCCAGAUGUGAUCUUCCUCAAACACAAGUGGAAGUAAGAGGAAAAUACGAAAAUGUAUGAAUAUAUUGUGUUGAGCGAAAAGGGAAAAGAAAGAGAUGGAUAUGUAUGCUGGUAAA